AUAAACCGACCGCCUUUCCUACCCCUCCCUCCUCCCUCUUCCCUCUUCCCUCCUCGCUCCUCGGUCCUCCCUGCUUCCUGACGGACUACCUAACUAACGAGGCGACGGAGCGCAAAGCAACGUACGUAACGUAGCAGCACAGCAUGGUCUUGGCCCCGCGUUCAGGACGGCGAGUCGGCAACGAUGGAGAAGACACCUCCCUCUCCCAUGUUUGCCAGCUCGACUCUAACGGCAUCGUCGUUCUUUCGCCGAAUCUGAUGCGAUCUCAGUCUCCCAACGUUGGAUUACACGCUCGCAGCAAUGUGAGCUCAGAUCCUCAUCAAAGUGGGCUUUCUCCGGCUUCCAAUCUGUCUUCGUCUCCUGAUUCUGCUUCUCUCAUGCCUUCGCCUGACGAUGAAGCUGGCGGGAGGAGGAAGGGCAAACAAGGAAAGUACUCAGAAAAUUUGGGGACUUUCGACGAUCGGCGGAGAUCUGUGUCUCGACCGGCAAUCCUUACUGUCUUAGUUCUCCUUCUCUUCCUGUUCGCGCUGGCCUCUCGAUCGAGAUCGGGACGUCCGAGAUCGAGAUCCAGGUCCAGACGGAAUGCCUCCCCUCAUCAUGGCGCCUUCGAAUUCCCAGGAAACAAUCGUCGCGUCGAUAUUGACGACGACGGCGAGGACGACGAGUUCAAUGUACAUGGAAUCGUUGAGGAGGGAGAGGGAUCCGUGCCGAAGCUCAUCCUGCCUAGGUGGAUUCGCCGACCUGAGCAGGGAACGCCACGUGUCUUGCUCGUCUCUGACAGCUGGCUGAGCUGCGGUAAUGACGGUGGCGUCGCCGGUGGCCAUGCCCGCUUCAGGCGGCAAAUUGCAGAGAACAGGCUUUUGUACGCGCGCCGCUGGGGCAGCGGUGCCAUGGACGUCUGGAUGUCUCUCGACCGGCUCGUCGAUUCUACCACAGCAACUCACACCGAUUCUCCUGCUGCUGCCACGUCGACAGAUCCCGGUUGGAACAGUGUUGUCGGGAUCUCCAACCUCUUGCAGACGCAUAGCGACUACGAUUGGCUACUCUACCUGGCACCUGACGUGCUGGUGCUCGACCUCGACUUCGCGAUCCCCUGGGAAAGGUACGUAGAUCGGGAUCUCGUGCUGUGGGGUUCGCGAGAGGAAUUGACGCGCUCUGUGGGGGAAGGCCCGGGGGGGGACAUCGCACCUGUUGUCGUCGAGCCACGUGUCAUGCUGAUUAGGCCAUCAGCCUGGUCUAUCUCCUUCGUGCAGCGGCUGAUGGAAAUCGGCGGAAUCGGGAGAGAAGGAGUGGGAGGAGGAGGAGGAGAUGCAGAGGACGAGUUAAAGAGGAGGAGGAGAGAUCAAAUUCUGGAGAAAAUGGUACAGCAGCAGAAAAUGACAAAAGGUAGAACAACAACAGCAGAAGCAGCAGCAGUAGGAGGAGGAGGAGGAGGAGGAGGAGGGAAAGGUGUCAUGGAUGGCAAGGUGUCGCCACGUGUCGCACUCACGUACUUGCUUAAGUUUGUCGAUGGCGUCGAGGACGUCCAGCGCAAGGUGCAUUUUGAAAACUCUUAUCAUCUUUCUGGAUGUUGGGAGUCGGUAGUUCCUCACCUCGAGCAGUACCAAUCCAAUUGGAUUGGAGAUGGAGUGGAACCUCCUUUCGCUGUGACAUUCGAAGAUUGUGACUUGUUCUGCGGCUAUGGUGUCGAUGACCACCGCCGGUCCUCCUCCUCCUCCUCCUCCGCCGCCGGCGCCGCUACCAGCAGUGCUUGUUUGAACGCCUUUGCCAAGGCGCGAGCCUUUGUCCUGAAUCAGACGACUAGCGCAACUGCAGCUGCUCAUCGUCAACGAGCACCGCCGGCAUCGCGCAGUGCGGCGAGCGCGCGGCUGACGUGUACGAGUCCACGUGUCUCGCAGGAGGAAAUCCUUCACCUGCAGCAGACAGUGGACCAGAUGCUUACACGGCUGCAGGCAUUGGAGAAACAGCCAGCUGCUGUAGCAGCCGCAGGGCCUUCCAACCCUACCACCCAUGUUCAAGUUUUGGAGGAUGACGUCAGCAACAUUAAGCGGGUGCAUCAGGACUUCCGGACGUCGCAGCAAGCAACGAACUUGCAGUUGGAGACGCAGGUCCAGGCUGCUGCCACCGUGACGCCCGCGGCCGCAUCCUCCCGGCGCCCACCCAAACUGGAUGACUGCGAUCAGUCCAAGACGGAACCGAUCCCGUGGUGGCGCCAGUUUUCUCUCAGGCUCGACAUGCACCAUGUCCCGAACAACGAUCGACAUCCGUGCUUGUACCACCGUUCUGGUGGUGCAUGUCAAGCAUGGUUGGACAACAUCUUGACCAGCCACGGCGUAGCAGUGUCGGAACUGCACACCAAGCUCAUUUGGCAGGAGUUGACUGACGCCUGGCACAAGCGAUUCCAAGUGGAGCCGCCCGACCUGCAAGCGAUGGACAAGCUCAACAAGCUCCAUCAGAACAUGCUGCUCAGUCAGAACUGGAUUAUCGAGUUCCAAAGACUCGCCUCCAUACCUUACCUGCCGCUCGCAUUCCGCGGCAUCAAACACUUGUUUAUCAUGUGCUCGUGUCCAGCUCUGCAAAACGCGCUGACACAGAUUGCAGAGACACUCGACACAUCUGACAAGCUUUUCAGCACAGCGUUGUCGGCGCGAAUACCCUUACAAGGGUAUCCGCCCUGGCUUUUGCAGGCGACAAAAAAUAGUCUGGUUUAAAGUUUAAGUAUACCGCGCUAGGCGCGGCCACGUC